AUGUCACCCAAGAAAGUAGCUAUAAUCGGCGCUGGACCAUCGGGCCUGGUUACGGCCAAAACCCUUCUUCAUAAUUUCCCGCUCGGGACAUUCUCUCUAGUCAUUUUCGACCGUCAGAACAAAGUCGGAGGUCUAUGGUCAAGUCACCAUCAUUCUCCCGAUCAGACCAAUGGCCCCUUGGUUACACUAGACCCUCGAAUGCGGACCAACCUCAGCCGCUUCACGGUUGCCUUUUCAGAUCUUGCCUGGGAGUCUGUCAUUCCCGACGCAGAUGUUCCGAUUUUUCCUCAGGCGAGCCAGGUUGGAGAGUACCUGGCCUGCUAUGCAGAGCGGUAUAUUCCAGACCAUGUGCUUAGACUAGGGUGUAGAGUCGUAAGAACUAUACGGAAGGUUGAGGAUGGAGGUGAUCCAAAGUGGAAUGUUCAGUGGGUCCAGGAAAGUGCGGAGAAAACUGAGCCAGGGUGUGGAUUACUGGACGAUGGGGUAUUUUCAGAAGAUUUUGACUUGAUCGUCAUCGCAUCUGGAUACUUCGCCCAGCAGUAUAUCCCAAAUAUACCAGGUCUAGAGCAAUUCCAAGGCCAAAUCAUCCACAGCUCUUCGCUCCAUUAUAAGCGAGAGCAGCUGCUUUCUAACGAACCCAAAGAUAUGAACGACCAAAUUGUCGUCAUCGGCGGCAGCAUGUCAGGCGUCGAAGCCGCGUCUGCUGUUGCUCUCCAUAAAUCCUCAUCUACACUUUCCACAAACGGAGUCCCACAUACCCAAGAGACAAAAGUACACCAUAUACAUUCAAGGCCCUUCUGGACUAUACCGACUUAUCUUCCACAUGAAUCUUCCGACGGUAGUCCAUCGUUUUUACCAUUGGACUUGGCCAUGUACGACCUAGGCCGCCGACCCCCGGGUCCAAUAGAAUACGCCUUGGGACCGAUGCCAGAAGAAAAGGCCGUCAAAACGAACAGUUACUUCCACUCCUUGCUUGGCAGUGACUACGAGAAAUAUGCCCACAUGUAUUCACCUUCUCCACAAGGCGCCGAAGAAUCCAGAACCCAGCCACCAUGGGUCGCCAUAGGCAAUGACUAUGCUGAGUUCGUCCGAUGUGGAGCGAUUCAGACAUCGAUGGGCCGGGUGGCUUCUAUACAUUCUGAUCCGGAUACUAAAAAAGCUUCAGUUCAGUACAAAGGACCCGACGGGGAGACCAAGACGAUAGACAAUGUGGCGGCCAUAGUCAUGGCGACCGGAUUCACGCCCUACAAGUCCCUGUCAUUACUACCAGACGAAGUGUUGGCGACCCUUGAAUACACCACGGAUCCUUUCUCGCCGUUGAUUCUUGACAAGGGAGGCACCGUACGCUCUGAAAUAUCCGAUGUCGGAUUUGUCGGGUUCUAUCGCGGCCCGUACUGGGGCGUGAUGGAGAUGCAAGCGAGAUUCCUUGGGAAAUUAUGGAGUGAGAGCAACAGCGUGCUCUGCGAAACAGAUAACCAGAAGCAAAGCCUUCGCAGUCUUAGAUCGGCACACCCGGAUCUAGCGCGAGGUCAGUUCCCCAUGGGCGACUAUGUCGGGUUGAUGGAGUCGUUUGCCAAAGAUCUGGAUAUUAGUCGAUCGGCACUGGGAGCAGGCAACGGUCGGUCUGGGCCUGCUAUUCCUGCUAGGUAUCUUUAUGGCGAUACACCAACACUAGGCACAGAGAGUGAGGCGGAGAGGACACUCGGUGCUUUGCGCGACGCUCUUGUCCCUGGCUGCGAGGUAGCACAGAAAGCUGCAGCUUCGGCUAUAUUUCGGGCUCUGCACGGGACUUGGAAAGUUUCUAGGCGGAGAGCUGGUGCUGUUGGCGAAACAGAAAUAUCUGGGAUUCAAGCUUUUUAUCCGCGCUAUCCGACCAGCUCGGAAUAUGAUAGGGAAUAUGUCUGUGUGGAGACACAUGUGGACUCUACCGGGCGGGAACAGCCCGUGCAAGACAAUGUGUGGUUCAUGCGUUUGGCAGUAGAAUUUGAUAUUGCCACUUCCCAAAUCGAGAUAUGGUCAUCGGACUUGGCCGAUCAGCUGUCAGUUGGCCGACUUAUUCAAAUAUGGGAGUUGGCGCCUCUUGGCCCGGGGAGAAAAGAGGGACUUUCUAUUCCUGGGGAGUAUGUGAUAUCCGCGAAGAGUGUUGAUUUGGAUUCUGGAGUCAACUAUUCAUACACUUUCCAUUUCAAGGGGGUUUCCAUCUCGUCCUGGAAAUGUACUGAGGUGGGUUUGGAAGAUGAGGCGGGUGUAAUAAGCAAAGUGAAGAGGGAGUUAAAUUCUUAUUUCUACGUAAGAGACUGA